CAUGGAUAUGCACAAACAUACUUAGUAGCAGGGGGUGGCACUGGGGCGUCCUGUACUUGCUUAGUGACAUACACAUGCUCACGAGGAGUAGGACUCUGUGGCAAAACCUGGAGGUUCCCUUUUGUUUUCAUACAUCAAGGAAGUCGUUGUUGGGAAUAAUUUGAGUUUGGCUGGUUUACUGUGUGGCUGCUGGAUAACCUCUGUGGAUAUUUUAUGUAGCUCAUUGCUACUCGCACACAUUUUGGCAAUCGGUUGUCUGAGUAUGAGGAGAUAAGGAGAGCGACAGAUAGACAAGGACAAACAAGCAGACACAUAAAAUCCAACACAGCUCUUGUUCAUGGUGACAGAAGAGGCAAGAUGUCGAGGCCUCCUUCCUCCCACACCCCUCCUCAGUUCAUCAGGGUCAGCGACAGAGAUCUCACCGAGAUUGAGCUCCAUUCUGUGGACUCCAUCAAUGACCUACACCGAACACACCACGAACACAGCCACAAAGGGAUGAGGCCCCCACGUCCAGCUUACACACCCUCCCUGAAUGGGAAUCUCUACACUUGUGACUUGACAGCUGUCAAUCAAAGAGGCCAUCCAGUUAGCAGCAAAUGGCAGAGCCGUCUACAGGAAAUGUUGACACCCAGUUCAUCACGUGCCUAUGCCAUGGGCUGUGCUAUUAUCACUUUGCUUCUGCUAACAGUGUUGCUCAUCUUCUACUUUUUGGUCCAGCAGGGCGGCGCAGUCCGUAUGCUGACUGAGGCAGUGAGGCAGAAAGAUGCAGCAGCCAUAGAGCUGUCACUGCUCAUUCAAGAACUGCAGGCACUGAGACACAACCUGACAGCCAUGAGGGGAGGGACAUGAGGAACAUAUGGACAGAAAACUACUCAGAUGCAGAUACACUUUUUAUAAUGAAUGUGAAAUGCUUUAAAAUGCAGUAAAACUGUGUUUUACAGUGGGGUUUUCCUUGAAGAGAUACAUUUGUCAAAAUGUUCUCUAAAUGUUGUCUGUGUUUCAAGAUUAAACAUAACUGAACCAUAAGAUUAAGAAAUGGGAGGUUUCGGGAUACCUUUCCCCUCUCUUCCGCUUUGGUCACUAUAUGAAAAAAACUUUUGAACUAUACUUUUUGUUCUGUGAUGGCAGUGUUGGGGAGUAACUAGUUACAUGUAAUUGAGUUACAUAAUUUAAUUAAAAAAUAAAUGUAACUAUAAUCCAUUACAGUUACUUGGAAAAAUGUGUAAUUAAAUUAAAGUUACUUACAUUGGGGGUUACAUCUGAAUAUCUUCUGUAAAAAUCUAGGCUAUAUGUAUAAUAAUCAUUUUGUUACUUUGCAUGUUUUUCAUGUGCAUAAUGUCUUUGCC